UGCACUGUCCCAGCAGCUGCAGCCACAGUGCUCAGGUCUCUGCCUCGGGAAGCAUCCACCUCCUUCACCUGGGACCCACCUGCUCCCCAAACCAGAGAUGAUCAAGGAGCAACACGAGGUGUCUGUGCUGGGGGCUCCCCAGAGCCCAAGGCCCGUGAUGUCCACCGUGGUCCACGUCCAGGCUGACACCGUGGUGCCCGACCACAUCGUCUGGUCCCUGUUCAACACCCUCUUCUUCAACUACUGCUGCCUGGGCUUCGUGGCCUUCGCCUUCUCCGUGAAGUCUAGGGACCGGAAGAUGGUGGGAGACGUGAUUGGGGCCCAGGACCAUGGGUCCACCGCCAAGAGCCUGAACAUCGCCGCCCUGGUCUUGGGCAUCGUUAUGACCAUCGGACUCAUUGUUCUUGUGGUUUUGUACCCAGGACUCAUCUAUGUAAGGAUAGGGGUCUAGCAGAACGGCAGAGGCUUCUAGUCGUCGCCAUGGCAGGUGGCCGAGUCCUCCCACCCCCUGCUGGCCCUCCCGGGCGCCCACCCCUUCCCUCUGCACCUGUUGUGCACACACCUGUCUGCAGCUGAGCUCAAUAAAGUGCACCUGUGUGUGACAAUGCUGGCCUUUCCUGGGCAGGGGCACUGCCCGCCCCGCCUGCCCCUGUAGAGCCCCCCUUGCUGCUCUGAGGGGUCCUGGCACUUUCUCAGAUGGUCCUGGUUGCUGGCCUCCAGCUGGGAGCAGCGGCUGCACCAGGGGCCUAGCAGGGGGGUCCCUCCUUCCCAGUGUCUGACCCUGACCCAAGGGGCACUG